AAACGUGCGCCUUGACGUCACUUUCAAGAUGGCGGUUGUGAGGUCUGUAAAAUAAACGCAGAAAGAGGUCAACAUUUCUCCCACGUCCUGGUGUUUGCGCAAAGAGAAAGUAAAGACGCUUUUAAGUUUAACAGCUUUAGAGGUCUGUCAGCAGGUUAUACUCAGCCUGCUCAGUAUGGCUUUUCUUGGGAAUCUGAGGCCAAUGCUGUCUUCAGUCUUGCAAGCCUCCCAGUGUGUGUUCCCCUGGUCUGCACCUCUCUUAACCAGGACCAUGGCUACACUCAAUCAGAUGCAUCGCCAGGGCAAACCAUCCCCACCUCCCAAAAAGCUUGGUGCCACAUUUGGUCGCCCGCAACUGAAGGCUGUAGUCCUGAAGACCAUGAUCAGGAAGCCCAAAAAGCCCAACUCAGCCAACCGUAAAUGUGCACGGGUUCGUCUCUCCAACGGUAAGGAGGCGGUGGUGUUUAUCCCCGGUGAAGGACACAAUCUCCAGGAGCACAAUGUUGUUUUGGUACAAGGAGGCAGGACGCAAGAUCUGCCAGGUGUCAAGCUCACAGUAGUCAGGGGUAAAUAUGACUGUGCCCAUGUCGUGAAGAAGAAGCACUAAUGCCUGGAACCAGUUUGAGACUGUCAAAUGUUUUGUCUUCUGAGGGUUUUUUUCUUCUCCGAAUUGUUUGUUAUUGUAUUUAUUUGCAAUAACAGGGUAUCUCUAUUCUUGACCAAUUUAAUUUUGAGUGUAUAAAUGUUCUUAGUGCCUCAGUUAUAACAAAAUAAACUGGUUCAGACCCAAACAA